CAGUGUGUGUGCAAGCUUGUGUAGUAACAGGCCUCUGUGCUUACAUUAUUUAUGCUGGAAUGAGACCCAAGCUUAAGUUACACCAAGGCAAGUAGAGCUGACAAAUUAAGGUUCCUUCUACAGCGCUGCAACAGAACUAAAAACCUGACGCACAUCCUCUCACUUACACAGACACACAGUCCUUGUCUGAGUCACUCAUGGAUGGCAUAUGAUAGUUGAUGACUUGCAUGUGCUGGAAUUAUUUGUUUGUUCUUUUGCUGAGAAGUACAGGUAGGUGUGCCUCUCUAGUAUCUUGAUGAUCAACAUAAGAAGAGAAGAGGAGUGUGUAAGUACGUGUAAGGUUAUAGAAACAUACAAACGUUCCUCAACACAGGAUCUCUAUCUUAGAACAUCUGCUAGAAGGAUACAUUUUCUAGACCACGUCUGGUGCUGUGGCGUGUGGAACCAUGUGAACAGAGAUUUAUAUGCUCUUUGUGUUGAAUUAAUCUAUGACAGUACUGAGAAGAGACAAAGUGAACUCACCUACAGAAAGGCAGUAGACUAGCAUGGUUUUAAAAGGAUAAAAUGCCAGCCAAAAAAGACUCAAAAUCAGCAGCCAAGAAAGGAGGAAAACCCGAGCCAGAAAAAAGCAAACCAAAGGAAGAAGAAAAGAAAGGAAAAGAUGACAAGAAGGGUGGAAAAGAUGACAAGAAGGGUGGAAAAGAUGACAAGAAGGCAGGAAAGGAUGAUAAGAAGAAAGGAAAAGAAGAACCACCCAAGGGAAAAGGGAAAGAUGAUGGUAAGAAGGGAAAGGAUAAAGGCAAGGGAAAGAAAGAGGUUAUUGAAUCUGAUGAGGGCUCAGAUGCUGAGUUGAUGGAUGAAGAUUUGAGCGAGGAGGAUGAGGAUGAAGAGUCAGAUGGAGGCAAAAGAAAGCGUGGUGGUGGAAAAGAUGCUAAAGGUAAAACUGCAAAGGGAAAGUCCAAAUCAAGACAGCCUGAUUCUGAUGAAGAUGAGGAUGAUGACGAUGAUGAUGAAGAUGAAGAUGAGGAGGAAAGUGAAGAGGAGGAUAGGAAAGGAAAGAAGAAAUCUAAAGAUCAUCAUAAAUCUAAAGCAGAGGACGAUGUAAAGAAGAAGAAAGCAAAAAAGAAGGAAGUCCCUCCACCUGAGCCACCACCUGAAGAGAAAACGAAAAGAGGACUCAAAAAUACCUCAAAACUCUUUAUGAGGUUCUCUGGAUUUAAGAAGAGGAAGAGCUCAAAGAAGCGACUUAAGAGCACUUCCAAGCUGUUUCUUGGACUUGGCAAAAGGAAGAAUCGUUUGCUUAAGAAAAAAAGGAGAAAAUCUCUCUUGAGAAAUGCUCCAAAGUUCAUGAUGCGUUUCAAAAACAGCAAAAAGAAGAAAAAAGAGAAGGAAAAAAAAGAGCCAUCAGGGCCAAAGCCAACCUAUAUGCUUAUUAAAUUAGGUGGCAAUUCUAACACAGCGGAGAAGAAAACAGGAUUUUUUAAAGGGCUUUUUGGGAAAAAGGAAGCAGAAAAUGGGACUGGUUUUAAAUCUAGGGGUCAAUUAUUAGGUAAGAUUGCUGGGGCAACAAACUGGCUCACCAAGAGGUUUCUCUCAAUUAAAGGGCGUCAGAGUGGAAGGGGUGAUGCCUUUGGCCGGAAAAACAACAAAAAAUAUAAAUUUUCCGCUGACAGUCGCCAAGCCAGCAUCCGAGCUCCUCAAGGGUAUCACAAUUAUGGAUAUGAACAGGACACUGGAGGAUAUGAUUAUAAUAACCAGAGCAGGGUGGAUAAGGGUGCAUUUCACAGACAGUCAGUCCAGAGGCAUUCUAAAAGGUAUAGUGAACAGUAUGCCCAAAUGCAGGGACACUCUUCGUUUCCACAGCAAUACACUCAAUAUGAGGAACCAAAUAACUAUUAUGACAUGGAAUCACAUGAUCAAGGCUAUUAUGAGAUGCAGGAUAGAUACUACAACCCUCACACAGCCAUGCAGGAUGACAGUGAAUUUUAUGAUGAUGGUAUGGACUACAAUGACCCCUAUGAAGUGCAGGAUCUGAUGGGCAAUUAUCCACAGGAAAUGGGCUACUAUAGUCAACAGCAUCCACUGGAUCCAUAUUUCGAUGAUGGCAUUGAGUACUAUGAUGAUAGUCAGUAUCCAAUGGGAAACAGUUAUGAUCAAUAUGGGAAUGAAAUGGAUCUGUAUUCCCAGGCUCAUUUUGGAUAUUAUGAUGACCUUCAGGGCUUCUCUGGUGACCCAUAUGAAGUUGAAAUAUCAGGUGAUCCAUAUAUGGAUGCUUAUGGGGAUUAUGGGGAUCCUUAUUUUCAGGAUUAUCAAGUUAACUACAGUGAAUCAGAUGUUAAUCCAUAUCUGCAAUCUUCCUACAAUAUGUAUGAUCCAUAUAGUUAUCCGAUGCAAGAUAUUAUGGAAAGUGAAGAGGCUCAUGGAAUGUAUGGUGAGAAGUAUGGACAUUUUUCUAUGGAGUCUAUGCCCCUUCCCGGAGACAUGGAGUUCAGAGUCCCAAGACCCCAGGUUAAGCUUUUUGGUAAGGAAAGGAUUGAUGUUGAGCUUCCUCCUUUGCCUCCACAAUAUGAUUUGGAAGAAAUGUCAGACAUACAGUAUGAAAAUUAUGCAUAUAUGCCUGGAGGCUCAAUGAAUGAUGGUUUUUCACAGGCAAUGCAUCCGCAAGAAAUGUUUCAUCCACAAGAAAUGUUUCAUCCGCAAGAAAUGUUUCAUCCGCAAGAAAUGUUUCAUCCGCAAGAAAUGUUUCAUCCGCAAGAAAUGUUUCAACCCACAAUGCCUCAAGUGCCCACACCAACAGCCAUGUUAAUUAAGCAAGCAAAUAAUCCCCAGGGAUUUGUCAACCAACAUAUGCCACAUAUGGCUCAAGUUGGUGGUUUUCCACCAUCUCCCACUCCAAGCAGAAGGUCAGUAGCAGGUAUGGCCUCCCCUGUGUAUAAGCCUAUGUCACCCAUGGUAACCAUGGAUCCCAUGGCACGUUUUGGAGAUCCUGUAAUGGAAGCUAGACGUUCCCCUGUACCUAUACGCAGACCGAGCCCCCAUGCCUCCCCACAGCUAUCCAUGCAUCCUGUUGGUCCACUUCCUAUGAGAAGAAGCCCAUCCCCACAGCCCUCUGUGCGGGGCAUUGGAGGCAUGGGAGCACCUCCAUCGCCAAGACUAGCCAGAGGUGUGCCCUCUCCAAUAAGUCAUGGUCAACACCCUCCAUCACCAAUUGGACGCAAAAUGAGCCAACCUGUUUCUCCAGCACUUUCUAGACGUUUACCACCUCAAGCUCCAUUUAGAGAAGGGCCACCCCCUUCACCAACAUUUCCUAGACGUUUACAGUCUCAAGGUCCACUAAGAGAAGGUCCACCUGCCUCACCUACAGUCCGUAGACAUUUGCAGCCUCAGGCAUCCUUUAGAGAGGCACCACCAUCUCCCCAGCCAAUGCCUAACCGUAUGCCCUCACGGGCUCCAUCUCUCUAUACCAGUCCUCCAGCUUCCCCUCGUGCAUCUAUUCGGAGGAGAAGCCCACCGCAGUCCCCUCGUGCCUCAAUUAGGAGACCCAGUCCACCCUCUUCACCCUCACAAGUUCAUCGUCCAUUUGGUGCCAAGAAAUUUCAAGCCUCUCCAUCUCCACUUAGACGGAUAAGUCCUCCUUCUUCCCCUCAGAUGGGGAUGCGAACCAUGGCCAGUGUUCAGCCGAGGGAUCUUCAUAGACCACAGUCACCAUUAAUGGCACAAAGAGCAUCACCUACUCCCUCUCGGAGAAGUUUUACUGUGGAACCAGACUUCCAGCAACAACAAGUGCAAGGUAGAUCCCCCUCUCCCACCCUCUCCCGCAGGUCCACUCGCCUUAUGAAGGAUUCUCCACCUUUUGGAUCCCCUGGAGGUCGACUGCGAGGAAGGGGACGUCCAAACAUCCCCAUGGGAGCUGUGAAACCAUAUCCUGGCCGAGGGGGUCAUACUGGAACUCCAACACAAAAUGUACGACCAUUUAGACCAUCCAUACGUAGUAACAGGUCCAUGAUGCCACAGGACUUCACAGUUUCCCCACAACUCUCAGGUCAACAUAGGAUGGGCAUAAGGGAACAAAGUCGUUUCAAUCCUCCAGGAACACCCAAUGCAAUGAGAAACCCACAGAGACCCAUUGGUCGUGGUCGUCCACUCAUGGCCAGACAGUCACUUAGGCGUGCACCUGGCAUGAUGCCCCCUUCACCACAGCUUUCUCAAAAACACAUGCCCCCUCCAUCUCCCCAGCCUUCUAUUAGACAUCUCUCCAGACCAGCCUCUCCUCAUCCAUCUAUCAUACAUGGUUCCCCAUUACCAACACGGUCCACUUCCCCUAGGGCUCUGCCUACUUCUGUUCUUUCUGGUCCUCCAAUAUAUGAUGCUUCAUUUGCAUCUCCUUUACAUUUUGUUACAGAGCCGAUCGCUGUAGAAUAUGAUCAGGUUAGAGGUGUACCUCAUUCACCAAUGCUUACAAGUGCCCUCCAAAAUCAAAGGGUCCAUAAUGCAACCUAUACUUCCCCAUUCCAACAGCCUAUGUCGCCUUAUGCUCCUGAGAUCAUUAAUGUUCCACAGUUUCCGGGUCAACCACCUUCACCAGUUUCCUCCUUUGCCAUGCAAAACCCUAACCUAAGCCAUGCUGAUCAUUUCUCCCAAUUACAACCAGUACAAUCACCAUAUACUCCUGAAAUGGUUGAACUGGAUCAACAUACAGCAGAGAUGGCAUCUCCUCUUUUGUCUAAUGCCUUACAAAAUACUCAUCUCAGAGAAGCUUCUUACAGGUCGCCCUUGCAAAGACCAGGUUCACCUUAUGCUCCUGAAGUGGCUCAGUUUGGUGAGAUCCCUGAACAGCCGUCUUUUUCUUCCCCAUAUGCUCCUCAAAUGGAAGCAUUUCAACAAGUUCCAGGUCAGCCAGCAUCACUUUUGCUGUCCAAUGCAAUUCACAAUCCACAACUUCACAAUGCAUCAUACAGAUCCUCCUUUCAGAUGCCACAUUCACCCUAUACUCAGGUAGAGACAGGCUAUGAUUACAUUGAAGAGCCAGGUGCUUCCCCCCUUCUCUCUAAUGCUCUUCAAAAUACAAAUGUCCGCAAUGCUUCUUACCGAACACAUUUACGUCGCAGGGGAUCCCGUGUUCCCCCUGGCUAUGGUCCAAGAGGAUCUCCAGUUCUUUCAACAGCUUUGCAGAACCAAAAUGUUCGUCAAGCUUCAUACAGAGCACCUGUUCAGGGAAUGGUCUCCCCUUAUGCAUCUGUGCCAGGACAUGGGCAGGACCCUAGGAAAUCUCCUUUUCUGUCUGAUGCACUGCACAACCCCCAACUUCGAGGUGCCACAUACCAAUUGCCUGAUGGGACAAUAGUAUAUGGUACUAAUCCUGCUGGGUCCGUAAUAGGCAUGGACCCACGGCAGCAACAGUCUUUCUCACCUAACCUCUCAAAUGCUUUGCAGAACAGAAACAUAAGAAACGCCUCUUAUAGACUUCCAGAUGGAACAAUAAUGUACCCAGAAUCUAAUUUACAGCAACUGUCUUCUCCAAACCUGUCGAAUGCCUUGCAGAAUCAAAAUCUGAAGAAUGCAACUUAUAGACUUCCAGAUGGAACAAUAAUGUACCCAGAAUCUCAUUUACAGCAACCGUCUUCUCCAAACCUGUCUAAUGCCUUGCAGAAUCAAAAUCUGAAGAAUGCAACUUAUAGACUUCCAGAUGGAACUCUUGUAACUGCAGGACAACAACAGCAAACCUCACCAAACCUGUCACAUGCACUUCAGAAUCAGAAUAUUAGGAAGGCAUCAUAUAGACUGCCAGAUGGGACAAUAAUAAUGACUGAUCAGCCAGUGGAACCAACUUCUCCAAAUCUAGCCAAUGCUCUCCAAAACCGAAACAUUAGAAAUGCAACUUACAGAUUGCCGGACGGCACAUUAAUAACAACAGACUAUGGACAAUCCAAACCUACUUCCCCAAAUUUAUCAGCGGCACUUCAGAACCAACAAAUGAAAAAUGCCAGCUAUCGUUUACCUGAUGGGUCAAUUAUAAGUGGACCAGGUUAUGAAGUUAAGUCUCCAAAUUUGGCAAGCGCGCUUCGUAAUCAGGAUGUUCGUAAUGCUACCUACAGGUUACCUGAUGGCUCCAUAAUAAGUGCUGAUGCAAGUUAUAAAACUACAUCCCCAAAUUUGUUCUCUGCCCUGAGAAAUGAGGAUCUGAGGAAUGUCUCCUAUAGGCUUCCAGAUGGAUCUGUUAUUUCACAAGCUUUAUAUAAACCAAGUAGCCCAAACAUUUCAAAUGCCUUGCAGAAUGAAAACAUUCGCAUGGCCGCUUACCAGCUACCAGAUGGAUCUGUAAUUUCUGCAGAUCCUCGAAGACAUAAAACCGGUCCAGAUCUAUCAAAGGCACUUCUAAAUCAAAACCUUCGCAAUGCCACAUACAGAUUACCUGAUGGAUCCUCCCUCACUCAAGGAUUUGCAGUCCCCACUUCACCAUAUUUAACGGAUGCUCUAAAGAAUCCUAACCUGAAGAAAGCCUCUUACCAACUACCUUCAGGGAUCUCCAACUAUAUGACAUCCUCUGGACAGGUGAUUAUUGGUCCAGAUGGUCGUUAUGCUGUGGUUCCACCACAGCGGAAAGGUCCAGGUGGGCCAGAAGAGCACUGGGCUCAAAAUGCCAGAGAGGGGGAAACUGCAGAGGACCUGUGGGCUGCAGAAAAGGUCUUGCCUCAUGAUACAGUACAGAACCUCAUCAAGUGGUCUAUGAAUCGUGAUGAGAAAAUGGAAUUCCUUACCCCUCCACCUGGUGGUCUUAGGCCAGGGGAAACAGAGCUGCAAUGGGUACCAGAUCGUGAAGGGGAGCCAAAAGGACAGUGGUAUGACAAGAUGUAUUCUAUAAGGAGCCUGCCUACUGUCAGCUACAGAACAAAAAGGGAAGGGGACGGAGUUGAGGACAUGACACAAAUGGAAGAGCUUUCUGAGGCAGCAGUAUUGAUAAACCUGAAGACUCGCUUUGAUCAAGAGCUUAUCUAUACAUACAUUGGCAGUAUUCUGGUAUCUGUGAAUCCAUACCAGCUAUUUAACAUCUAUGGCACAGAUAUGGUUCUGCGGUACGAGGGCCAUGGCUUGGGAGAUAACCCACCUCAUCUCUUUGCCAUUGCAAACAUUGCCUACACAACAAUGAUGGACAUCAAGCGAAACCAGUGCAUCAUUAUCAGUGGGGAAAGUGGUUCUGGAAAGACAGAGGCGACCAAACUGGUUCUGAGGUACCUCACUGCUAUUCACCAUAAGAGGAACAUUACACAACAGAUUCUAGAGGCAGCUCCUCUUUUAGAGUCGUUUGGGAAUGCUAAGACGGUCCGAAAUGAUAACUCCAGUCGCUUUGGGAAAUUUGUGGAGGUCUUUUUGGAGGAAGGGGUGAUCAGUGGUGCCAUAACCUCGCAGUAUCUACUGGAGAAGUCCAGGAUCGUUUUUCAGGCCAAAGAUGAGAGAAACUACCACAUCUUUUAUGAGAUGCUGGCUGGACUUCCUACUCACAUGAAACGGGCCUUCUACCUACAGGAGGCUGAAACCUAUUACUACCUGAACCAGGGUGGUAACUGUGAGAUCAUUGGGAAAGAUGAUGGGGAGGACUUCAGGAGGCUACAGAGUGCCAUGGAAAUUCUCCACUUCAGUCCUGAAGACCAGAGCAGCAUAUUCAGAGUGCUGUCGUCCAUACUGCACCUGGGCAAUGUCUUUUUCCAUAGAGUAGAGACAGAAGUGCAGGAGACAGCUGGUGUGGUGAGCACUCAGGAGAUUCGUGCUGUAGCCGAUCUGUUGCAGAUUUCUCCAGAGGGUCUGCAGAAAGCCAUCACCUUCAAAGUGACGGAGGCUAUGCGAGAGAAGAUAUACACUCCCCUCUCAGUAGAAAGUGCUAUGGAUGCCAGAGAUGCAGUUGCCAAGAUCCUUUAUUCCUUGCUCUUUCAAUGGCUGACAGAACGUAUCAAUGGACGGGUCUACCCCAGGAAUGAGGCGCUGUCCAUAUCUUUACUGGAUAUAUACGGGUUUGAGAGCUUGAUGUUCAACAGCUUUGAGCAGCUCUGCAUCAACUAUGCCAAUGAGACACUGCAGUUCUUCUUCAACAAAAUUAUUUUCAAACUAGAGCAGGAAGAGUACAUUCGAGAGCAAAUCAACUGGAAAGAACUGAUCUUUACUGACAACCAGGCAUGCAUAGACCUUAUCGCUGCAAAGCCCCAUGGGAUACUCCGCAUCCUUGAUGAUCAGAGCUGCUUUCCACAGGCCACUGACAACACCUUCCUUCAGAAGUGCCACUAUCAUCAUGGAAACAACCCCCUUUACUCCAAGCCAAAAAUGCCACUGCCAGAGUUUACUGUCUAUCACUAUGCUGGCCGUGUAACUUACCAGAUCCAUAAGUUUCUGGAUAAGAACUUCGAUCAGGUUCGGCAGGAAGUAUUGGAUCUGUUUAUGCAGAGCCAGAACCGAAUGGUGUCCAAUCUCUUCAUAAAGCAUGCUGAGAUGCUGAAUCAGCAAAAAGGAGCAAUGAACAGGAACAGCACAGUGACGCGGAGAUAUCAGCCCUCUACUGUGGCCGCCAAGUUCCAGCAAUCACUACAAGAGCUCCUUGACAAAAUGGAGAGGUGCAACCCAUUUUUUGUGCGCUGCAUAAAGCCAAAUAAUAACAAGGAACCUGGUAUAUUUGACCCUGAGUUGAUCGCUACUCAGCUCAGAUAUUCGGGAAUCUGGGACACAAUCCGCAUCAGGAAGGAAGGCUAUCCAGUCAGAGUGCCGUUCCAUAAAUUCUUAAACAGGUACAAAGCCCUGCUGGGAAUGAAGAAGCCACCACCUUCAGAUGGAGAAAACUGUGUCAUUAUGUUAAUGAAGCUCUGCCCAAUCAACAAAGGAGAUUAUCAAGUGGGUGUGUCAAAGAUCUUUCUAAAGGAGGAAGUGAAUCAGUUAUUGGAGAGUAAGCGUGAUCGUAUGAGGCAUGUAGCUGCACUGACCCUUCAGCGUUACAUACGGAUGUAUUUUGUCCGGAAGAAUUUCCUCAAAUUUCGUUUGGACAUGACAAAUCUUCAGGCUCACUGCAAGGGCUACCUGGCCAGGCGACGGUUUCUCCGAAUGCGUAUAAACCUGAUCAGGCACCGUGCAAUGAUCCGACUUAUUGUCAAUCGCAAAAGAUACAUCAGGUACAACAUCUACUUAGCGAGAAGAGCAGAAGAGGAGAGGAGAAGGAUUGAACUGGAGCGAACAAGCAGGGAGGUGGUAAAUGUGACUCAGCUAGUUAUUCCUGCAGAGUUGGGAGGAUUGUUACAGGCCACAGCAGCUGGAAGGGAGCGUCAUUCAGACUGCUUGGCUCUGGUUCAGGCUCCUAGAAUACAGACGGACCCCCAACUCACUCUUCCAUUGGACAUCAACAACUAUUUGAUGACCAAAUAUAUACGCACGCAUUUCAGGGAAUUGCAGUUCGGGAUGCUAACAGCACCGCUGGAGAACUCACUGACUCGUCUAGAAGAUGAUCUGAAACAGGAUGCUCUAGAUGUGUUUAUACUGAUUUUGAGGUUCAUGGGAGAUCCAAACCUGAAUGGAGCUCAAGAAAACCUGUUUGGAAAUUACAUCAUUCAGAGAGGCCUUGCCACCCCACCAAUCAGAGAUGAGAUCCUAGCGCAGAUAGCCAAUCAGGUGUGGCGGAAUGAAAACAGCAGAAAUGCAGAGAGAGGCUGGCUGUUGAUGGCUGCCUGUUUGAGUUCCUUUGCCCCAUCUGAGAAGAUGGAGAAAUAUCUGCUAAAAUUUGUGUCAGACUAUGCUCUGAAUGGCUUUAAGGCUCUGUGCCAACACAAACUCAUCCAAGCAAUGCAGAAAUCCCACCUAGUCCCUGAAGCAUCUCGAACAUACCCUCCAUCCCUGCUAGAGUGGACUGCCACCCGCAAGAAAGCACACAUUGUUCUCCAGGUGCACUGUUUUGAUGGUGUCUCUUUCCUGUGUCCUGUCCAUUCCUGGACUAAUGGAGAGGGCCUUGCAGGAGACGUUCUACAACACAGGGGCGUGUCCACUGAGAGUCGAUGUGGUUGGUCCGUUCUGAUGAAGGAGCUGGCGCAGUGGGUGGAGUUAGAGGGUCACGAUUAUGUUCUCGAUCUAGUGUGUGACCUGGAGCUGCUGCCAGACUUCCCUAAACAGAAAACAUACUUCAUCAUCUCUACUGAAGACCCCAGCAGGGCACGACCUAACGCGAGCAUAAGUCUCUUUGGCAGUGGAUUUGAAGAGGAUGAGGAGGGGCCGCUAUCGUUUGCCAACCGAACGAGCGCCAUUGCAACCAACAGCCUACCGAUUUCUGAAGGCCACUACAGUCUGGACUCAGAACCAUCCUAUGAUGCCACUCAUCGUGGGAUGGACCGGUAUUUGGACAGCCUCUUUGACCCAGUUCUGUCUGAUGGGGACCUUGAUGCUUCAGUUUUGUCUGGUAGGAUGAAGGGUGGAGGAGGUGUAGGUGGCGAUGAAGCACAGUCCCCUGCUAGAGUCACUCUUCAGCCUGGAGCAGUGAGAGUUCUGCCACCCAUACCAGGCGCUUCAGUCAUGCCCAGGAUGCCAGCAGUGCUCCCAGUGCCAGACCAACAGCAAACUGUCCUGGCCCAACAGCAACAAACCAUCAUCAACCAGCAAGCCGUCAUUAUGGCUCAGCAGAUGACCAUGCAGGCGAUGGCUAUGGUGACCAGUCCAGUGUCCAGUCCCCCAAUGUCUCCCCUCACCAGCCCCCCAACCAGUCCUCCUCCCACCCCUUACAGCACUCUCCCACCCAGCCCGUACCCCGACAUCCCUCCCAGCCCCUACGCAAACAUCCCCCUCAGCCCCUACGCCCCACUUCCCCUGUCCACGUACACAAGCCCUCCAGUGACCCCCCAGCCGGCCGCCGCCUCCACCUCGAUCUACGCCACCCCCAGCAUCUUAGAGGGGCAAAGUGAGCCCAUGAAGAAGAACAGCCCCCCAACGCCACAGCCGCUGAACACCAAGACUACACAGGCUGCAUCAUCUAAUGGGACAUUAGGGAAGAAACAAGCCCCCGCUGCACCAAUUAAACUUGACAGCCGGCCUGCUAAAAAACAUGCUCCUGUUGCGGUCACGGGUCCCAUGCGUUCUGCUCCGGCUCCUGCCACAGAGGUGGUGAAAUAUUCUGUCUCUAACUCUGAGCACAUUGUUCCCAGCCACAACAUUAAAGACAUCAUUAAACAAUAUCAAACUCCGGACCCAGAACCUGUGCCGCAGAGACAGAGGCGGGAUGGGAAAGGUUUUGUCAAGAAGUUGAACCCACAUGAUGAGGCAAUGCAGAUCCUAAAAACACAGAUGGAUAAUCCACCUCCUCCAGAGAGAAAGCCUCCCACUCCAGUCGCUGUGUCCAGAGAUGGAGGCCUCAAACCAACUAAAAGCAGCAAGAAGAAAGCACCAGAACCACCACUGACUUUACCUCCACCAGUGUCCCGAGAUCUUCCAGUGGAAUCUGAGAGCAUCCAAACACAGCUGCAGAGGAGCAGCACAGAGGAGCAUUACACCUACACAAACGUCCCCUGGAAAAUCUGCCUCAGGAAGGAGGUCUUCUACCCCAAAGACAGCUGGAACCAUCCGCUAGUGCUGAACCUCAUAUUCAAACAGAUUGUCAAUGACACAUUUACAGAGGCCUGUGUGCGUAUUACUAAAGAGGAGAGACAGAAGAUGAAAUCCUUGUUUGCUCAAUAUGGCAUCGAGCCGAACACAGAUGUUCCGGAUGAGAGUGUGAAGAAAGCUGUGAUUGCUGCUGCCAGGGAAUCAUGGGAGAUUUAUUUUUCUCGCCUUUUUCCUGCCUCUGGCAGUGUGGGUACUGGAGUGCAGGUGUUGGCAGUGUCUCACUCUGGGAUCAAACUUCUAAAGACAGUGAAAAGCAGCUCUGCAGCUCCAGACUACUUCAGAGUGCUCCGUCCGUACAGCUACACAGACAUCCUGUUUGUGACCAUCCCGUCUCAGAACAUGCUGGAGUUUAAUCUGAUGAAUGAGAAACUGAUUCUGUUUUCAGCCAAAGCUCCUCAGAUCAAACAGAUGAUUGAUCUCUUCAUCUCUCAUCUAAAGAAGGACUCUGAGUAUGUUGUAGCAGAGAGAAACUUCAUCACGGAGGACAGAGCUCUUUUAAACUUCUAUAAAGGAGAUAUCAUUCGUCUGCAGGCCAUGGAUGGAUUGGAGGAGGGUCAGAGUUACGGCUGUGUGGUGAAGAAAAAAGUAAUAUACCUCGAGGAGCUAAAGAGAGGCACACCAGAUUUUGGCUGGAGGUAUGGGGCAGUGCAGGGUCGGAGCGGAGCGUUCCCCAUGGAGUGUGUGGUUCCUGUAGCUGCUCCUGAUUUCCUGAGUCUCCCGGCUGAGAGAAGAGACGAGCCGAGAGAUAGACAGGGUCGAGUGGCAGCAUCAGGAGCUAUCGCUCUCGCCGUGGCCUCCACUGCAGCUGCACAUGAACUAGACCCCUCACUGGAGUCUGAUGGUUUAGGGGAUUUUGGUGACUCUGAAAUUGAGGGCAACAUCAUUUUGGACAGCCAGUACAACAUGGUGGAGUUUGCUAAGAAAUAUUUCAGAACGUCAAAUGGAAACAAGAGUGAUUCGUUCAGGGAUAAGUCCAAAAAAGGUAAAGCAAACAAAGACCCCGCAGAGAUGGUGAAAUUCAGCAAGAACCCUAUCAUAGAGUCCCUCAUAGACUUCACUGACCCCAACAUGAACCGAGUUGCUUCUGAAAUUUUCCUAGCCAUAAUGAAGUUCAUGGGAGAUCAUCCACUCAGGGGCCAAUCAGAGCAGUUUGUGGUUUGCACCUUCCUUAAGUUAACCGGUGAAUAUGGACUGAUGAAGGAUGAGGCUUACUGUCAAGUCCUCAGACAGAUUACAGCCAAUACCAGCUCUAAACCUGACAGCUGUCAGAAGGGCUGGCGCUUGCUCUACAUUCUGACUGCUUUUUACCGCUGCUCUGCAGUGCUCAAACCAUUCUUACUCAAGUUCCUCAGAGACGUCUGCAGAAGUCCUGAAGUGCUUUUUCAUGGAAUUGCUAAAGCUUGUGAGCAGAAUCUGAGAAAGACCUUUCAGUUUGGUGGCAGGAGUGUUUACCCCAGUAGUAUGGAGCUCAAAGCCAUAAUGGCUGGUCGAAGCUCGAAGCGGCAACUGUUUCUAUUUCCCGGCGGAAUUGAGAGACAUUUGAAGAUCAAAACCUGCUCCGUGGCACUGGAUAUCAUAGAGGAGUUGUGUUAUGAGAUGGCGUUACAAAGGCUGGAGGCAAUGGAUGAGUACACAAUUUUCAUAGUCACCAACAGAGGUCAGAAUGUGCGGCCCCUCAAUAAGCGAGAGUACAUAUUAGACAUUGCAACGGAAGCGGAGCAAAUUGAUACAAACUACAGCUUCUGGUUCAGACGAGUCAUCUGGGCCCAUCCGCUCAAGUUUGACAACGAGCUCUGUGUCACCAUGCACUAUAACCAGAUUCUGCCAGACUACGUGAAGGGUCUGCUGAAUAUCAUACCUCAGGGAAAGAUCAGUGAACAGCAGUUUAACCAGUUUGCCAAACUUGCUGCUCUUCAACACAGAGCCAAAGACAGUCUCUACACACCUACUAUUCAUGAGUUGACAGAGUACAUCCCAGUUGAGAUCUUUGGCAGACAGGGGCCUCAGCAGUGGAUGCAACUGGUUGCCCAACACGUACAUGCCGUCCAGAGCCUGAACCCUCACCAGGCCAGAUCCCAGUUCCUGGGUUUGGUGUGUGCAUUUCCCAUGUUUGGAUCGUCCUUCUUUUACAUCCAAAGCAGCAGCAACAGCACCAUCUCUGCACCAUGCAUCCUCGCUGUCAAUCAGAACGGACUGAACUUCCUGCACAAAGACACUCAUGAGGUGCAGGUAAAGUUUCAGCUGAAGCUGGUUCAGUCAGCUCACACACAGCGGCCCAGCGCUGGAUCCAGUUAUCCUUAUGUAGACAUCCUGAUAGGAGACUUGACCAACCACAGAGUCACGCAGUUACAGCUGGAACAGGGUCUGGAGCUGUGUCGGGUUAUCGCCAUGCACAUUGAGAAUAUGCUCUCUGUGCGAGAGAAGAGGCUGACGCUGCCACCCAGUGAAAUCACCAUGCUGUAACAACACAUUUUCAUGCUUUCUGUGUAAUUUUUUACUUAUUGUUUAUCUCAUCAUAACUAAACAAACCAAACCUCUUAAUGCGAUGUUUGCACUAAUCAUGUGUAUUUGUUCACAUGUUAU